AUGUCAAAGAUUUUAUUAGCAAUGGCAAAUGGAAUACCAUAUAGGCAUGGGUAUUUGUUGUAUGGACCACCAGGAAGUGGUAAAAAAGAUAUUGAUGCAGCUUUUAACCCAAAGCAAUUGCCAACAACUACAACAGAAAAACAGCAAUAUCAUGAAAGCCAUAAUCAAUCAAUGGUAACAUUUAGCAGAUUAUUAAAUGCAUUGGAUGGAGUGGCAUCAUCUGAAGAGCAUAUAAUAUUUAUGACAACUAAUCAUUUGGAACAUCUUGACAAUGCAUUGAUUAGACCUGGUAGAGUUGAUGUCAAAGAGUUGUUUGAUAAUGCAAGUGAAUACCAGAUUCAUAAUAUGUUUUUAAGAUUUUAUGAGGGGGCAGAUAUGUUGGCAGAUGAAUUUGUUAAGAGAGUGAGAGGUAAAGGAGUGAGUACAGCCCAAUUACAAGGACAUUUUGUGUAUUAUAAAAACAAUGCAAAAGCAGCAGUUGCAAAUUCAGAUUCUGUUAUGAAGAAUUGGUAA